GAACAGUGGGGGCUGCCGGUGGGCUCUGGGUUAGGGUCAGUUAUGGAGCUGGCAUUUGACCACCACACGCUGGUGGCUCUUUGUGCCUGGUGGGGCAACAUGACUGGGAUCUGGCUUUGUCCCUGUCGGUCAGGCAGAUUGAGGAGGGUAGGGAGACGGGGGCAGAAGCUCCAGGCCCUGCUGGGUGGUGGAAAUGAAGAUGGCCAAGAGGGAAGCGAUGGCGAGACGUGGGGGAGAAGCAGGAGGACUCGGCACUGGGACUUGAAGGGCGACCUGGGAGGUCAGGGGAGGAGUGUAACUUUGGAUGUGCUGAGUUUGAAGUGUUGGAGGGAUGUCCAGGUAGAGAUGUUAGUGGACAGUUAGAAAUGGGGUUUAAAUUUGGGGGAGAGGACAGACUGGCACUAGAUUUAGAAGUCAUCAGUGUAGAGGUGACAGAUAAGCACGAGGGCAAGAGUUCCAGAAAUAUGGCUUCACUGUUGCCCACGGCUUCUGGAAACAGGUGUUCCCACCUGCCUUGGGAGUGUCUUCUGGAAGAUGAUUUGACAGAAUGUAUCCAAAACCUAAAAAAGAACCUAGCCCUUGCUCAGGAUUCUAUUUCUUCAUUUAGGAAUUAGACGAGUGUUGUACAAAAAUGAUCACAGUGUUGUUUAUUUAGUGAAAGCUGGCUACAUAUUUAACAACAGGAGAUUAGGGGAUUGGUUAAAAUAUGAAAUAGCCUGUCAUGUACUGACGUGCAAAGAUGUGCAUGAUCUAUAAUGAAGUGAAAAAAGCAGCUUAGAAGUUGGUGUGGCCACGUUUCUAUGAAAGAAGGAUAUAAAUCAAAAUGUUGGUUACUUGUAAUUUUUCUCUUUUUUUGCGUAUCUGUAUUUUACUGCAGGGAGGUGUGUUACACGGCCUGCCCCCCUUUUUAAAAAAUGAUGGAAUUGCCAACAGUUGUCAAAGGUGGCAGAGAGAACUGGGGGUAAAGACAGCCCAGUCCCCAGGAGGACAAGGCCAGGCCAGCUGGAAACUAGUUCUUGAGCAGCACAGGGUACAGGCAGUCGCCUCGGCAUAGAGCCGCCUCGGCAUGGACAGCCCUGCCCGCCCAGCACCUGCCCCUGCGGCCCUGCUUUACUAUGUGGCCUUCUCCCAGCUGCUGGGCCUGGCCGUGGUGGCCAUGACUGGCACCUGGCUCGGUGUGUAUCGAGGAGGCAUCGCCUGGGAGAGCGCCCUGCAGUUCAACGUGCAUCCUCUCUGCAUGGUCAUAGGCCUGGUCUUCUUGCAGGGAGAUGCCCUGCUGGUUUACCGCGUCUUCAGGAAUGAGGCCAAACGCACCACCAAACUUCUGCACGGGCUGCUGCACGUCUUCGCCUUCGUCAUCGCCCUGGUGGGCCUGGUGGCGGUGUUCGACUACCACAGGAAGGAAGGCUACGCCGACCUGUACAGCCUGCACAGCUGGUGUGGCAUUCUGGUCUUCGUCCUCUUCUUUGUGCAGUGGCUCAUGGGCUUUAGCUUCUUCCUGUUCCCCGGCGCGUCGUUUUCUCUGCGGAGCCGCUACCGGCCGCAGCACGUCUUCCUUGGCGGCGCCAUCUUCCUCCUCUCGGUGGGCACCGCCCUGCUGGGCCUGAAGGAGGCGCUGCUGUUCAAGCUCGGGACCAAGUACAGCAAGUUCGAGCCCGAGGGCGUCCUGGCCAACGUGCUGGGCCUGCUGCUGGCCGCCUUCGGCGCGGUCGUGCUCUACAUCCUGACCCGCGCCGACUGGAAGCGGCCCCUCCAGGCGGAAGAGCAAGCGCUCUCCAUGGACUUCAAGACGCUGACGGAGGGCGACAGCCCCAGCUCCCAGUGACGCGCGCCCCGUGCCAUCCCGUCCUGUCCCCCGAGGCGGUCUCCGCCGUUUCGGGGCCCCGCAGGUGUCUGUCCCGCACCCGCCGAGGCUCCGGGGGUGGGGAGCGGGGGUGGGGCAGCCCUCCUCCCUGAGCGCUGAUUUCCGGGGUUCAGGCCCCCUCCGCUUUCCCCUCCUCGCUGCUGCUGCCGCCGCCGCUGCCGUCGUGUUAGUCCUGCGCAGACCCCCGCCCCCCUUGCCUCUGCCACCCCCUCAGAUGGAGCAGCUUUGGGUAGGGUUCUGGGCGGUUGGGCCUGGUCGCAGAAGCACAGAUCCUUAAAGGGGUUGGAGAGGGGGAGGCGGCUCCCCGCUCGGGGCAGCGGGGGCCUGGGCUGUGUCCGCGGAGAAGGCGGGGCUCAGCGCCGGGCCCGGCGAGGCCAAGACUUGCUUUGUGUGACGCCGAACUCCAACCAGGAGUCUUGCGGGCCCAGCCUUUGGCAGCGGAGCAAGUGAUAUUAUGUGUAAAAUAUGCUGGUGUCAGGGCAGGGUUCCCCAGGAGAGGGGAGGGACUGGCCCUUGGGAAGCUCUGGACGCGUGGCUUGGGCCCAGCUGCGCUCUGCAGCCUUCUUUAACCCCUUAGCCCCAGGGCGGCUUUCUUUGCCUUUGGGGCCCAGCAGCCCGAAGAAGAGACAGGAGGUGGGCCUCGGCGGGCGCUGCGGGCCGUAUGGCGCCUGCAGGGGCUCCCCUCCCCGCGGGGGCCGGCCUCGCGAGCCAGCUGCCCACUCUCGGAGCUCACUCAGGCGCUGCUCUGACAGAGGCCCAGGACGCAAGCCUUUUUGCUUUAAACAAAAAGCUGCCGCUGUUGCCCCCUUUCCCUUUCCAUAGGGAGGGUAGGGGCUGCCUAAUCAGGAGGAAAGCCUCAUCCUCUCCUACCUGGGGCCCAUCUUUGCAGGAAGUUGGGACCAAGUCAGAAUCGGAUUAAUCCCCCCAACCCCAUGAGUGUAUAAUGCUGUUAGCUGAGUCACCGUUUGGCUUCUGUCUAGAAAUAACGUGAUUAUAGCAUCGAUCUUGUGCUUCUUGGACUUGGUGAAUGCUCUCUCCUUGUUUUCCUCGUUUUCUGGGCUUUGAGGAGCAUGACACUGUUUGAGACAAGACACAGUUUACUUAAAUGAAGACAUUAAUAGAAUUUCCAAAUCUGACUACUGUUUUUUUUUUUUUUAACGGCUGCCUUUCUCACACCUAAAUGCUGCCUUCGAGAAAGGGAGCUUGUCUCCCCUAUUGCCCAGAUUUCUAAAACAGCUUUUGUGGUGGGUCCUGCCUCAGGCGAUGCUGCUUCUCAGAGCAGGUGGCUGUGUUGGGCGCCUUACCAGCAGGGCUCCCUGCUCCCUUCCGUGGGCAUUCCGGGCUCUGCUGCAGCCCCGGCACCAGGGUGUCUCCGCACCCUGUUUAUAUCAUACGCUCUGCAAGGGCACGAGCUCCGGCAACUCUUUGAUCACCUGGUAUGGUCAUUGUUUACACGUGGGAAAACUCCACCUUAGACAAACUACAAGAGUACAGUUGUAUAUCUCCGUUGCCAGAAAGGCACAGAGAGAAAUGGAACCUUGGAUUUGCAAGAAAAGUCUAUAAACUGGCCUGUUUGCCAAAGCGUAUGCUGGACGAUUCAUGAGCCAAAAGCCUCCCCCCCACCCCCAAGCUGUUCUGUGGUGGUUUUAUUUUGCCUGUGGCCAAUCUUCUAUGAAGUACAAUGUAGUGUUGGUACAACAGAUGAUUCAAUAAAUGUCUACAGCAGG